AUGCCUGCUCCAGAUCGUGGAAAGCAGCCUGAGAAAGAUGACCACUCGAGUUCGAGUGAAGAGGACCAGAAUGCGCUUGAGGUCUCGUUCGAUCCAUCUAGUCCGUACCGGCGCAAGAGCUCUCUGGUGAACAGCGAUAUCCGUGUUCCUCUUCACCUUCGCCGGUCACAGCCGGCCAGGACAGAAUGCCUCGUCCACCAGUUUCUCGACGCCCAGCGACGGCCCCCUAGACGCCAAAAUACCCUAGAUGGACAGGUUGAUGGCGUUGCUAGCAACUUAACAACCCCGAUCCAGGCCCGAAAGCCCCUCGCAAGGGGCUUAUCCGACCUUGCUUGUGAAGCCAUCGAUGUUACUCGUGAAAAUGACCAGGACCGGGUGCCCGAUCCGAAAGGCUUCUCCAGCACUGCCAGUAACAAUGCUGCCAGUGUGCGCCCCCGGGAAUGCUCAAUAGUCAAUGUCAACUCGAGCGAUACUAGCGAUGCUGGUCAGAUUGAUGAGAAGGAAUGGAAAAGCGAGAUCGUAAGAGCCACAUGCUUAGACCACACACAACCACCCGACAUAGACCUAGACGCAAAGCACAGCAGGCUCCUCACCAAGAAACAGUUGAGUGAGAUGGCAUGGGGCGUGAGGGAGCUGAGUCGGCGAUUGGGUAGCGUGCGCUUGAAGUUUAAGAUCAAGACCAUCUUUGUGCUCACCAAACCGCAUGAUCAGGAACUAGUUCCCAAAACGCGCGCCUUGAUCCGGUGGUUACUUGAUAAGGAGCGCGACGUGCGCUAUACUGUCUAUAUCGACAAGGAACUGCGUGGCAACAAGAAGUUCGACGCACCCGGUCUGAUCGAAGACGUCCGUAAGGACUAUGUUGAGUCUGGCGAGAUCUCAGAGGAAGCCAGUCACGACAUAUCCCAACGCCUACGCUACUGGGACGAGGAAUUGUGUCGGGCCAAGCCGCAAACGGCCGAUUUUGUAAUAACCCUGGGCGGCGAUGGAACCGUACUAUUUGCGAGCUGGUUGUUCCAGCGCAUUGUACCGCCUGUGCUUAGCUUUGCCUUAGGCAGCCUAGGCUUUUUGACCAAGUUUGACUUUGACAACUAUCAAGAGACCUUGACAGCUGCCUUCACAGAAGGCGUCAAUGUGGCUUUGAGGCUAAGGUUCGAAGGAACUGUCAUGCGAAGUCAGAAGAAGAGAAGGAAGCUUAUCACGGAUGGACCCGACGAAAAUGGCAGCUCAAAAGAAACGGACAGAAAACCAGAGGGCACAAAUGGUGGUGAUGGUGAUGGGGGUCAAAAUGGGAAUGAAACAAGCGACGAGGAAGAGGGAGAGAGGAAACGAGAUCUAGUAGAAGAACUCAUCGGCGAGGAAAAGGAUGAUGAACGAACCCAUCGACCAGACGGAACUUGGGAAGUGCUCAAUGAGGUGGUCGUGGAUAGAGGACCGAAUCCUACAAUGUCAUACAUCGAAAUUUUUGGCGAUGACGAGCACUUCACCUCCGUUCACGCCGAUGGUAUCUGCGUUUCCACUCCCACAGGUUCAACCGCAUACAACCUCGCCGCCGGCGGCUCCCUCUGCCACCCCGAGAACCCCGUCAUGCUCGUGACCGCUAUCUGCGCUCACACGCUCUCCUUCCGCCCCAUCAUUCUGCCUGAUACCAUCGUGCUUCGCAUUGGCGUGCCCUAUGAUGCACGAACCAGCUCUUGGGCAAGUUUCGAUGGUCGUGAGCGUAUCGAGCUCAGACCGGGCGACUACGUGACUAUCAGCGCGAGCAGGUAUCCGUUUGCCAGCGUUCAGGUGCAAGGAAGGAGGAGUGAGGAGUGGAUCAAAAGUAUCAAUGCGAAGCUUGGUUGGAACACCCGACAAAAGCAGAAGACGUUUACAUAG